CGUCUGAUGUAUUGUUGAAGUCGAUGCGUCUGAAACUGUACUUUCUUAGAAAAAUUGCAAAUAAUCUCGAUUUCUUCGUUAAAUUCGUGUAAAUUAGUUGUAUAGGAGUAAUUUACUUUAGUUUAGCUAUACCUUGUAGAUUCUACGUAAAUGUUAAUGUUUGUAAACGCGUCAGGGAUUUUGGUUUGGUUAUAAGUUAUGUCGAUGUGGUAGUGAUUUUAUAGUUUACCGGGUGAGAGUGAUAUGUCUUUCCCGCCUCGCCCGCCGCUUGUUCCCUAUGGAAUUGCUCCGGGAGUCGUCACGAUGCCUGUUGCUACACAUAUGAUGGUCGGUGCGUAUGGAGCAGGUGGUGGUCGGUCGGCAUUGCUGCCCGCUCCGCAGGUGACCACGUCCAAACCACAGAGGUCAGGCCGAGCGACAAAUGGUUCGAAGGACGAUGGACCACCGGUGACGGUUUUCAUAGGUAACAUAUCUAGCCGUGCUCCAGAUGCAAUGAUCAGAGCGUUACUCGGUGCCUGUGGGCCAGUGAUCAGCUGGAAACGAGUCAGCACAUUCGGAUUCUGUGAGUUUGCUGGCCCGGAGGCGGCGCUCCGAUGUGUGAGGCUCCUGCACGAGAGGCCACUGGCAGAUAAGAAGUUGCUAGCGCGGACCGAUGGCAAGAUGCAGGCCUUGGUCGAUACUUAUAAAACGGAGCAGCGCUCGCGCCUCGGCGACACGACCGCCCCGACCGACGGCAGCGAAGCCCCCUACCUCGACGCCGCCAUGCGGGCCGCAGACGACGCCGCCGCCCGCCGCCUGCAGCAGCUGUACCGGGAUUACCAGGAUGACAUCAACAACUAUGAGCUGCUGCAGAAAGAGGAGGCUAUUUCUAAGACGGCACGCGCGCUCGAGGAGGCCGACAUAUCGGAGGAGAAACGCGACGUCAUACACCGCGAGAUCGGCAAGUUCCGCGAGAGCAUGAAGGAGGAAGCUGACGUGGUAGUGAGGAGGAAGAAGGAUGUGAAAGAAGACGGGAAAGACAAGGACAGAGAUAGGGAGCGAGACCGCGACCGAGACCGAGAGCGGGAGAGAGAUAGAGACAAGGAGAGAGAGCGGGAUAGAGAUAGGGAGAGAGAGCGGGACAGAGAUAGGGAGAAGGAGCGCGAGAGAGACAAGGACAGACGACGGAGGAGCGUUUCCAGAGGCAAGGAUCGGCGAGAGGAACGUGACAAGGAACGCGACAAGGAGCGGGAGAGAGAGAGGGAGGAGAGAGAACGAGACCGCGAGCGGGAGCGGGAGAGAGAGCGGGAGAGGGAGCGAGAGCGAGAAAGAGAGAGGGAGCUGCGGGAGAGAGAGAGAGAGAGGGAGCGAGAGGCCCGCGAGAGGGAGAGAGAGAGAGAACGCGAGCGGGACAGAGAUCGUGAACGCGAGCGGGAAAGAGAACGCGAGAGGGAGAGAGAGCGCGAACGCACUCGGUCCCGCUCUCGUGUGAGAGAGGGGGACGCGCGGAGAGAGAGAGAGAUAGAGGAGGAGGCGAGAGAUAGGAAGAGACUCGAGAAGAGGGCGAGAGAGAAGGAGGCCGCUUAUCAGGAGAGGUUACGCAACUGGGAGAGUCGCGAGCGACGCAAGGCCAAAGACUACGAGCGCGAGAAGGAGAGGGAGAGAUGCAGAGAGGAGGAGAGAGAGAGAGAGGCGAAACGUCUCAAACAGUUCCUCGAAGACUAUGACGAUGAGCGAGACGAUCAUAAGUACUACAAGGGCAAAGAGUUGCAGCGGCGACUCGGCGCGCGCGUCCGCGAAGCGGAAAGCGACGGCCGCGAGCGAGCGAGAGAGCACGCCGAGUUGGAGGCAUUACGCGCUAAGGUGCUGGGAGGCGCAGACCCCGCCGACCCCGCCGCCAACGCCGCCUGGGAGCGAGCGAGACAGGAACUAGAACAAUCAUACGCACCGCGGCUACUAGUUGACGCGCGCGCGAGCGGCGAGCAGCAGCGUGCGCGCGAGCGAGCGCGGGCGCAGCAGCGGGAGCGGGCGCGGGAGGAGGCGCGCGAGCGGGCAGCGCGCGACCGCGACAGAUAUCUGCGUGACCAGGCGACACGUCAACUACCGACCGAGGCGGAGCCGAUAGACAGCGACGACAGCGGCGGCGCGUCGCCGAGCGCGUCGCUGACCCCGCCCCGCGCGCCGCCCCCGCGCACGCCGCCCACCCCGCCCCCCGCCACGCCGGAGCGCCCCCACCGGGGCAUAGUUUCCGACGAGAGUUCACCGAUCAGCAUCAGCUUCCGCAGCAAGGGCAGCCCCACACCCUCCGCUGACACUCCCACCGAGGGCCGGUUGCGACGCAGCGCGCUCGCGGCGUUCGCGCCAGACGACGAUCCGCCGCCGCCCAGACAUCCUAUGAAAGAAAAGAAAGACAAAGACAAGAGUAAAAAAGAAGAGAAGGCGGCAGCGGAUAAAGAGAAAGCAGAUAAGAGCGAUAAAGAGAAUAAAAGCGCCGAAGAGAAGAGGAAGCACAUUAAGAGUCUCAUAGACAAGAUUCCGACGCAGAAGGAGCAGUUGUUCCAAUACAAAUUGGAUACUGCACAGAUCGACAACACCCUUAUGGAGAAGAAGAUCCGUCCAUGGAUCAACAAGAAGAUCAUCGAAUAUAUCGGCGAACCGGAGCCGACUUUAGUGGACUUUAUAUGCAGCAAGGUGCUAGCCGGUUCCGCGCCGCAGGGGAUACUAGACGACGUGCAGAUGGUGCUGGAUGAAGAAGCAGAGGUUUUUGUUGUGAAGAUGUGGCGACUUCUUAUAUACGAGUUGGAGGCGAAGCGCGCUGGACUAGCCAAGUGAAACUACUAACUAGAGACUAGCGGAUAGACUACUGGAUUAGAUACUAGACUCUACUAUAUUCGCGUUAUAGCAUAUUCACUUUGAUUAGUGCAAGUGCAGGUGAUUAGUGAUUAGUAAAAAAUAUUAAAGGAUUUGCACUAAUCAAUAAUCAGUCACUGUCCACACUUGCUUUUUCCUAAUUACUUAUCACCUGCACUAAUCACUAAUCAAAGUCAAUACAUGGCCUGGCUGGAUUUGCCAGGUGCCGCUAUGUAUAUCGUGUCAAACUGCUGUCAU